UGUAUUUUUUCCAGAUCCAGCGUGAGUGCAUCGCCAUCCAUGUAGGUCAGGCUGGUGUCCAGAUUGGCAACGCCUGCUGGGAGCUCUUCUGUCUGGAGCAUGGAAUCCAGCAGGACGGGCAGAUGCUCAGUGACAAGAGCAUUGGAGGUGUAGAUGAUUCCUUCAACACAUUCUUCAGUGAGAUUGGAGCUGGGAAGCACAUCCCCAGAGCAGUUUUCGUAGACUUGGAGCCUACUGUCAUUGAUGAGGUGCGUACUGGAACCUACCGCCAGCUGUUCCACCCUGAGCAGCUGAUCACGGGUAAGGAGGAUGCUGCCAAUAACUGCGCUCGUGGAUACUACACCAUUGGCAAAGAGAUCAUCGACCUGGUCUUGGACAGGAUCCGCAAACUGGCGGACCAGUGCACCGGUCUUCAGGGCUUCCUGCUCUUCCACAGCUUUGGUGGAGGUACCGGCUCUGGUUUCACCUCCCUGCUGAUGGAGCAUCUGUCUGUGGACUAUGGCAAGAAGUCCAAUCUGGAGUUCUCCAUCUACCCAGGUCCCCAGAUGUCCACUGCUGUGGUGGAGCCCUACAACUCCAUCCUGACCACCCAUGCCACUUUGGAGCACACUGACUGUGCCUUCAUGUUGGACAAUGAGGCCCUCUACGACAUCUGCUGUAGAAACCUAGACAUUGAGCAUCCCACCUACACCAACCUGAACAGGUUGAUCGGUCAGAUUGUGUCCUCCAUCACUGCGUCUCUCCGCUUUGACGGAGCUCUGAAUGUUGACCUGAAAGAUUUCCAGACCAACUUGGAGCCUUAUCCUCGUAUCCACUUCCCUCUGACCACCUAUGCUCCAGUCAUCUCAGCUGAGAAGGCCUACCACUCGCAGCUGUCUGUGGCUGAGAUCACCAACGCUUGCUUUGAACCAGGUAAUCAGAUGGUCAAGUGUGAUCCUCGCCAUGGUAAAUACAUGGCCUGCUGUCUGCUGUAUCGUGGUGAUGUCGUUCCCAAAGAUGUCAACUCUGCUAUUUCUGCCAUCAAGACCAAACGCAGCAUCCAGUUUGUGGACUGGUGUCCCACAGGCUUCAAGGUGGGCAUCAACUAUCAGCCUCCAACUGUGGUUCCUGGUGGAGAUCUGGCCAAAGUACAGAGAGCUGUGUGCAUGUUGAGCAACACAACAGCCAUUGCUGAGGCCUGGGCCCGCCUCAACCAUAAGUUUGAUCUGAUGUAUGCUAAGAGGGCCUUUGUCCACUGGUAUGUUGGAGAGGGAAUGGAAGAAGGAGAGUUCUCAGAGGCCAGAGAAGAUAUGGCUGCCCUUGAGAAAGAUUAUGAGGAAGUUGGCACUGACAGCAUUGGAGGGGAGGAUGAAGAGGGAGAAUAAUUGUAAGCAGUUAAG